AUGGAUCAAUUCAUCGAGACAAUGGAGAUCAAGCAGGCUCAGGCCGAGGCCAAGAUCUGUAGUCACCCAGCAGUAGACUCACAAAGUCCUACACCCGUUGGCUCACAAUCCGGGCAUGAAUAUGCCCUCGUUUCACCCGGCACACCAGUCGGGCGACCCCCAAUCCCAAAGCCAGAAGAGAUUCAUUCCAUUCCUGAAGUGCGCAAGUUUGCGAAUCCUGCUCCCUUGGGUCUGUGUGCGUUUGCGCUCACGUCGUUCAUGUCGAAUAUCAUGAAUGUACACCUCGGUUUGACGACUGCUGCGGAGAAUGUUGGCUCUGCUUUGAUCUAUGGCGGUACUGUCCAGUUACUUGCUGGCAUGUGGGAAAUGGCUUUGGGAAACACCUUUAGCGCUACCUCCUUCUGCUCCUACGGUGCCUACUGGAUCACCUUCGGGGUCAUUUCAGACCUAGAGGGAACCAAGAUUAUCGCUGCUUCUGACACAGUCUGCCAGAAAGAGAUUCUCAUGGGCCUUUUCCUAUUGGCAUGGUUCAUAUUCACCACGAUGAUGCUCCUUUGUACACUCAAGUCCAGCUUGGCAAUGUUCCUACUGUUCUUCUUCCUCGAUAUGAACUAUCUUCUCCUUGGAAUUGCCAAUAUGCAGUGCGAUCAAGGUCAGGUCGCUACCUCUGUGCAGAGGGUUGGAGGGUACUUUGGCUUGUUGGCAGCUUUUGCAGCGUGGUAUAACGCAUUUGCUGGUAUCUUUGAUAAGAGCAAUGGCUUUUUCAACGUUCCCUUGGGUCACUUUCCUUGGUCACCUGUUGUGAGGGCACAUCAUGGGAAGUUUAAAGGGGUUUAG